AUGAUCAUGAAGUUAGGGAAAUCAGCGUUGAUUGCAAAGCGCGAUUUGAAGUCAGCAUAUAGAAUUCUGCCAUUGGCUGUUAGUGAUUUCCCGCUGUUUGGUUUGAAAGUAGGGGAUUGUUUCUAUGUCGAUAAAUUUUUGCCUAUGGGCCUGAGUCAGAGUGCGAACCUUUUUGAAAAGUUUUCAACAUUUUUGAAUUGGCUAGUGUGUGCUACAACUCGAAUAGAUACCGUUGAUCACAUGUUAGAUGAUUUUAUUUUUGCUGGCAGUAAAGGGUCUAAUGACUGUCAUACUUUAGUAUCAGCAUUUACCGGGUUAUGUAAUACUCUAGGUGUCCCAAUUGCAGAUGAUAAAUCAGUCGGUCCAACAACAAUUAUGUUAUUUUUGGGGUUGGAAAUUGACACUAAUGAAAUGCUAGUGAGAAUUCCCAUACAUAAGGUUGAUGAAUUAGUUGGCUUGCACAAGGGGAUAAUGAAUAGAAAGAAAGUCAGUUUGAAAGAGCUACAACGUCUGGUUGGUAAGCUGAAUUCUUUUGGUCAGGCUAUUAGAUCUAGCAGGGCGUUCACUAGGCGGUUUUAUGAUGCUAUGUCUGGCCUUAGGAAACAAUUUUACCUGUUAAGGGUUACAGAAGAAAUUAGGGAGGAUGUUAAGGUCUGGUUGUCUUUUUUGCAAGAGUUUAAUGGAGUUUCAUAUAUACCGGAAAAUUUUUGGUAUACAAGCGAUCAAUUACAGCUGUUUUCGGAUAGUGCUGGUUCGGCUGAUAUGGAGGCAGCAUGUUAUUUUGAGGGCAGAUGGUCACUUUUUCCAUGGCCCGAAUCUUUGAAGUUUGGGGGCGUCCUUAAAGAUUUAACUUUUCUGGAGAUGGUGCCCGUGAUUUUAGCCAUGUUUUUAUGGGGCAGAGAUUUGAUGAACAAAAAUAUUACAUUGAGAAUAGAUAACGAAGCUUUGGUGUUAGUCCUGAAUAAACAGACUUCUAAAUCAAAAAGGGUCAUGCAGUUAGUCCGACCAUUUGUCACGCUUGCCAUGCGAUAUAAUAUCUGGUUUAAGGCUGUACACAUUUCAUCAAAAAAUAAUGCAAUUGCUGAUGCUAUUUCUCGCCAACAGUGGUCACGUUUUCGACAGCUAGUUUCAGAGGCAGAGAAUUACCCGGAAAUGGUUCCCCAGCAAUUCCUAUCACUGGUCUCCGAGAUGAAGCUUACAGAUUGUUAA